ACGGUUUCAAAAUAUUAGGUUGGAAUAAACGAGUGUAAAUUCUAGUUUUACUGUUUUGAUUAUGCGCCUUUAAAUUUUCGGCAUUUACAUAUUUUCGAGAUUUACUGCAUUGAAACCAAGCGUUCGAUUGCUUGACGUCACUUCGUGAUCGACAUCGAUGAAACGCUUGCUUACGCUGUAGAUGUUAUUUUCUGUGCAAAUACAAGCGUCUAUUGAUAACGAAACGAUAAUUUGUCAACAAUGAGAAUCAGAUACUUGGCUUAAUAAUUUUCAUUUAAAAUGUCUAAUUUGGAUAUAAUUCGGAAUACAAAACGAAACUUAAAAGGUAUUGAAAACAACAACGUUCAAAAGAACAAUGUGGAUUUCAAUAGAAAGACUAUUUCCACCGACAAUCAGGAUUUCCGGCAUUCAAAGGACAGUGCAAGAAGUACGAGUGGGACCAACAUACAGUUCAAACAUAGAGGACCAAGACGUUGAAGUUACAACUAUACCCCCACCUAUACCCAAGCCUGGUCAAGCAGGGCUAGACACUAAUGGGAAGGAAUUUGUUUUCUUUGAUUUGGAAACAAGAGGGUUAGAGCACACUUCUCACAUAAUUCAGAUAGCUGCAGUGCAUUCAACUGGUCAAUUUUCAACAUAUGUGAUGCAUGAGAAGAAGAUUUCCUUGCAAGCGUCAGAAAUAACUGGAGUGACAGUUGUUAGCGACUCUAUGCUUGUCAAGAGACAAACAGUAACAGCUGUCCCCAUCAAAUCUGCAUUGACAAGUUUUAUAACAUUCUUACAGAAAUGUUCACCAAUUAUUUUAGUUGGGCAUAAUAUAGAGUCUUUUGAUUGUAAAGUGUUGCUCCGUGCUAUCCAUACUUGUUGAAAAAUGUUUGAGUUUCAGCAAAAUAUUUGUGGCUUUUUAGAUACUUAAAAAUGUUAAAGGAAA